CCUAGUCCGGACAGCAUUGGUCGGCAUCGUACAGUCUGAGUUACUGCUGUGGACCCGUUUGGGAUCCCCUGUCCUCCUCUCCUCACAGCCCUCCUAAUUGUCUGUGGAUGCCCCAGCCUCUCCAUUCCUCAUAGACUCGGAUCACCCUACAUGGACCGGCAGCGACACACCGCCUGGGCUCCCCACCAGCGGCCCGCCGGCACGCCUGGUUGGAAGACAUUUAACUCGUCCGAAAAGCCUCACACCGCGAGGACGCCCGGCUGGCUGGCCAGCCUCACUCCUGGUUCUGCGCGAGUGUCCUUCGCUUCUGGCAACAGCGUGAAGCACCCUUGGGAGAGCCUGGACUCACUACAUGGCAACACCUCCAUCCGUCUUCGCAACCUCAAGCGCGCCUUCCUCCGCCGCUUCUCGUCCUGGACUCACAAUGGCCUGGCGAGACCUGGUACCCUGCGCUCCAUGUCGUCCACAGCGCCCCCCGUAUCCCCCACGCUUAUCCCGUCCGUCUCCACCGUGCAGUUUGUGCUCCUCUGCGCGCUGUGGUACACGACCUCUGCCCUCUCGUCCAACACGGGCAAGGUGAUCAUGAACGAGUUCCGCUACCCGAUCACCCUUACCUUCGUGCAGUUCGCAUUUGUCGCCGGAUACUGCCUGCUCUUCAUGAGUCCUGUGAUCCGCUUCUCCAACUUCCGCAGUCCGACAAAGGCUAUAUUCCACAGCACGGUCCCGAUGGGUCUCUUCCAGGUCGGAGGACAUAUCUCCUCUAGCAUGGCCAUCUCCAGGAUACCGGUCAGCACGGUGCAUACCAUCAAGGCGCUUUCUCCGCUCUUCACCGUCGCGGCCUACGCUCUGCUGUUCGGUGUGCGCUACUCCGCGAAGACCUACAUCUCUCUGCUCCCGCUUACCCUCGGCGUCAUCCUGGCCUGCAGCUCUGACCUGUCCCUCUCAAACGCCAUGGGUAUUCUCUGCGCGUUCGGCUCCGCACUGAUCUUUGUCAGCUCGAACAUCUUCUUCAAGAAGGUCAUGCCCUCCAACAGCGCCGUCUCCGCGCACAAGUUGGACAAAUUGAACCUUCUUUUCUACUCCUCCAGCAUGGCCUUCGUGCUGAUGAUCCCGAUCUGGAUAUACUACGACCUUCCCGCGCUGCUCACGCUCCUACGUGACCCCGGACACGUCGCGCACCCCUCGCACGGGCACGGGCACCACUCCGUCGCGCGCGCCUUCUUCGCGAACGGCACCGUGCACUUCGCGCAGAACAUCAUCGCGUUCAUCCUCCUCGCGCAGACGUCCCCCGUCACCUACUCCAUCGCCUCGCUCAUCAAGCGCGUCGCCGUCAUCUGCAUCGCCAUCGUCUGGUUCGCGCAGCCCGUGCACGCGCUCCAGGCCGCCGGCAUCGCGCUCACGUUCGGCGGCCUCUACCUCUACAACCAGGCCAAGGGCGACGUCGAGCAGGGCGAGCGCUCCAUGCGCCGCGUCGCCGCCGCGCGCAACCUCGAGCUCCCCAGCAACCGCGCGGAGCUCCUCUCCCCCGCGCCCACGCCGCCCCCGCGCGCGGCGGGCAACACGCCCGUCGGGGUCACCUCUGGGUUCGGCCGGCCCCGCGCGGUCCCCACCGCCGCCGCGCAGUUCGCAUCCCCGCCGCGCGCACCCGCGCACCCGCAUCCGCUGCAACAGGCGUACCCCGCGCCCGCCCCGGCACCCGCACACCACGCGCCGCCCCCGUCGUACUCGCAGACGCACCAGGCGCCGAACCUGCGCAUCAAGGUGACGCCCGCGCCGACGGACGAGAAGUCCGGCGUGCAGGGCUCGCCGUACGAGCUGUACCCCUCGCCGCCCCCCUCGCUCGACUCGCCGCCCCCAGCGGAGAACGACGCGCCGUGGCCCGCGCCCCCACCGCAACACCCGCCGCAACGGCAACGGAGGGGCUCGAUGGCGACCGGGCACGGCCCGCCGCGGCACCACGAGCCCGCGCCCCCGCGGCGGGCCACCGUCACCGUCGCAGCAUGACCGCCCGCAACUCGAUACCCGUCAAGCUCCUCGUAACAAACACACUUGCCCAUCUGCAUCAACGCCGAUCCGAUCCAUGGACCGCCCAUAUAGACUUUACGUAGACCGCAUACCAAAUAUUGACACCACGACCGCGCGACGACCACAGUAGGACUCAGAGACGACCACGCCCUUCCCUUCCCCUGCCCCCACCUAACCCAUACGUACCCCUGUACGGCAUUACAGGCGGUACCUGGACCCCUCGUCGAGGCUGCGCGCUACGUUCUUUUUUCCCUGCUUGCGCAGCCGAGC